GCGAGGAUAGAAAUGGAAUCCCGCGAAUCCCGGAAGUCGAGUUCCUUCAGUUCUUGGGAGGCUUUUUGGCGCGACUUCUUGUGUACCUCUAAUUUGGGAGUUCAAAGCGGAAUGAUGCUGGCCCGGCCGAAAGCAAAAUCAGAGGGGAAGCUUGCAAAACAGAUUUGCAAAGUUGUGUUGGAUCGUUUUGAAAAACAGUAUUCCAAAGAACUUGGAGAAGCCUGGAAUACAGUAAGGGAUCUACUAACAUCUCCAUCAUGCUGGCAAUAUGCUGUCCUGCUUAACCGAUUCAAUUAUCCUUUUAAACUGGAACAGGAUUUACAUUCGAAGGGUUAUCGCACACUCUUUCAGGGAUCUUUACCCUACUGUCCUACAUCAAUGAAGUGUCUCCUUAGCAGAACUCCCAAUAGACUGCCUUCAGAAAGACACCAGGUUGGAAACCUGAAAAAAUACUACCUCCUCAAUGCCGCUUCACUUCUCCCAGUGCUGGCUCUGGAAUUAAGGGAUGGGGAGAAAGUUCUGGAUCUGUGUGCUGCUCCUGGAGGCAAAUCCAUAGCUCUGCUGCAGUGUGCUUUUCCAGGUUAUCUCCAUUGUAAUGAAUAUGACAGUCAGAGACUGAGGUGGCUGAGGCAGACGUUAGAAUCUUUCAUCCCACAACCUUUGAUAAAUGUAAUCAAAGUAUCUGAAUUGGAUGGCAGAGAAAUGGGGGAUGCCCAGCCUGAAACCUUUGACAAGGUAUUAGUUGACGCCCCGUGUUCAAAUGAUCGAAGUUGGUUGUUCUCUUCUGAUUCUCAGGAAGCAGCCUGUAGGAUAAAUCAAAGGAAGAAUUUGCCUCUUCUACAGAUAGAACUCUUAAGGUCUGCAAUUAAGGCCUUACGUCCUGGAGGUCUACUCGUGUACUCUACAUGCACACUUUCCAAGGCAGAAAAUCAAGAUGUAAUCAGUGAAAUUUUAAACUCCCACGAAAACAUUAGGCCAGUGGACAUCAACGGAAUAGCAAGGACUUGGUCCCAAGAGUUCACAUUUGCACCCACUGGCCAGGAAUGUGGGCUCCUGGUGAUUCCAGAUAAGGGCAAAGCCUGGGGCCCAAUGUAUAUAGCCAAAUUGGAAAAAUCAUAAAGCACGGGUAAAUGGUGACAUGAAUUUUGUAAACUAUGUUGAUAUGUUAUAUAUUUAUUUUUCUGAGCUCGUUAUAUGCUAUUAUUUAAAUAAUUAUGCAGUCAUUUUCUCUAGGUCUAUUUGGAAUCCUAUUUAGUUCAUCCUUUAGCAUCUCAGAAUGUAGGCUUGAGAAUCAGGUGUAUUUUUUUCCUAGAAAUAUAUCUGUUGCAAUGAUUUAAGGUGGUGCAGAUGGCAUUUGUUCUGUAUAAUAAAUCUUCUGUCUUUUACUUGGCAUUUUGUACUUAAGUUAAUCAUUUUAUGCAUAAAA